AUGCACGGCACAUCCAAGGGCCCAACUCCAUCGCGUAGGUGGCUUCUCGGCUCCGAUCAAGUAUCACCGCUUAUCCUUAUGAUGAUGACGAUGUGUGGUAAAACAAAAGAACAGCAAAAGCAGCCCACCCUCCAGCAAGACGAUUACUCAGAUGACUACUCGGACGACUACUCCGAUGAAGACUACGAAACCGAAGACUACGAGGUCUCCGGCGAUGAAGCAGAAGCAGAGGAUCCCAAGGCUCAGGCGAAACGUCGUCAGCGCCAACAACAACAAAAACAACAACGAAGCAGACAACCAGACGCCGUAGAAGAAGCAGAUGAUGAGGACUACUCCGACGAAGAUGACUAUUACUCUGAUGAAUACGACGACGAGGAUGAAGACUACGAUAACCAAGUCGCCUCCGGCAAGGCAAUGCAGCCAUACCAACCCGCCGGCGGCAACCAAUCCCUCUCCCAGAACGGGUCGAUGAACGUGAUACCGCAGCAGAAGCAGGGGUCGAGUCUGGACGACGAAGAAGGCAUGAAGCUCAAGUUGGAGCUGAAUCUCGAGAUCGAGGUCGAGCUCAAGGCUCAUAUCCACGGUGAUCUGACGCUGGCUUUGAUGUAUGUUUCUCCCCUGUUGCCCCUGAUAUUCCAUUCACCCGCUCAAUUCGAAUAG